AAGUAUUAAGUAUUCAUUUCAUAAUUUCGCUUUCAAACGGUCAUAAUGUACUAAAAAAGCAAUUUAAAACCGUACAAAAUGCUCACUAUAUUAUCUUUAGAUCAAUGCAUCUUACUUAUUUAUAACUUAGUUACGUAUAAUAAUUCUUAUACAAACAAUAUUUGUUGAUCAAGUUGGGGGAAAUAAUUCGCAAAAAAUUUAUCAACACGCGGCAAAAGUGACGAUUAUUGAAGAGUGAAAUUUUUAAUUGAAGUAAAUUGAUCUGGUGUGUUUGGAUUCGCAGACAAUUGACUGGCAGACAAUUAUUUAUUGUAUUUAUUGAUUAAUUUAUUUAUUGUACAUUUCUGCACUGCCAAAUACUACGUUUCUUGCAAGAGGUUGUACGUCUUGGUGAUGAAAAUGGAAGAAUUAGUUAAAUUCAUCGGUACCUCGGAUAGUAUGCGGGUCAAAUGUCCUACUUGGGAGGAAACUCAGAGGGUGCUCACGAGGAAGAAAGUGAUCAAGGGCGAUAGCGAUUCUAAGCUGGCAAAAGUUUUGACGACGUUCGAUCUGACAGCUCUCGGAGUUGGCAGCACACUUGGUGUUGGAGUGUAUGUAUUAGCUGGGGACGUUGCAAAAAAUACUGCCGGUCCUGCUGUGAUAAUAUCGUUCUUUAUAGCCGCUGUGACUUCAGUAUUAGCAGGUCUUUGUUACGCUGAAUUUGGAGCAAGGGUACCAAAAGCGGGCUCAGCCUACGUAUAUAGUUAUGUAUGCAUCGGCGAAUUUUUCGCUUUUAUUAUAGGAUGGAAUCUCAUUUUGGAAUAUCUUAUAGGAUCCGCAGCUAGUACCAAAGCAAUAUUUUUAUACAUAGAUGAGCUGGCGAAUAAGACUAUGGUGAAUUUUUUCACAGAAAACAUACCACUAGGUGGAAAUCAAAUCUCACAUUACGCCGAUUUAUUUUCAUUGGGACUGGCUAUUGCAUUUUCAAUUGCUCUUGCCUGUGGAGCCAAAGAAUCUUCAAUGAUAAACAAUAUCUUCACUUUUGUGAAUUUGGUGGUUGUACUGGUGGUAAUAAUCUCAGGAUUGUGGAAAGUUGAUUCUACGAAUUGGCACAGAACAAAAGCAGAGGCAAUGGGAAAAGGCAAUGGUGGUUUUAGCCCUUACGGUCUAAAAGGCAUCGUAAAGGGUGCAGCACGAUGUUUCUAUGGAUUUAUCGGCUUCGACUGUAUUGCCACAGCAGGUGAAGAAACCAAGAAUCCUCAAAAGUCUAUACCGAUAGGAGUUGUGGGAUCUCUUAUGAUAGUAUUUUGCGCUUAUUUUGGCAUGUCUACCGUCAUGACCAUGAUUCUACCGUAUUAUGAACAGGAUGAGAACGCGCCAUUAGCUUAUAUUUACACUAGACUGAACUGGACUGUACUUAAAUACGUUGUUAGUAUAGGAGCAAUAUGUGCACUGUUUUCUAGUUUAUUGGGAGCCAUGUUUCCACUUCCAAGGAUCAUUUACGCCAUGGCUAAAGAUGGUCUCAUCUUCAAGCCUUUGGGAAAAGUACAUUCCCACUUUCACACGCCGCUGAUGGGGACUUUGAUUGCUGGUGGUCUAACAGGUACUUUGGCGUGCUUAUUCGACCUGAACAAAUUAACCGAAAUGAUGUCUAUAGGAACACUCUUAGCAUAUUCUAUGGUAGCUGCGUGUAUUCUGAUUCUCAGGCAUUCAAAAGAGGGCGACUCAAUCGAGAAAGAAGAAAUUACAUUGCAGACAUUUUUCGCACAAAUGUUUAACAGACACACCAAAGAACCCACAAAGCUCUCUUCUACUGUCGUUGCUUGGGAAAUUAUAGUUUUCUUUGCAUUUUCGUUCAUUCUCUCUGGUAUAAUGACCAUGUUUGAAGACUCUCUCUACGCUGGAAAAACGUGGAUUAUUGUUACGGCUGUGAUUUUGCUGACCGUUCUGGCUUUCUUGCUGUUGUUGGUGUCUUUCCAGCCUUCCACAGCUGUGGAGAAUGGAUUUUCGGUUCCUUUUAUUCCGUGGGUUCCUGGAAUAAGCAUUUUUACGAAUAUAUAUCUAAUGACGAAUAUCCAGAAGGAUACGUGGAUCAAGUAUGGAUAUUGGAUGGCUGUAGGUAUAAUUAUCUACUUUGCUUAUGGAUUGUGGCACAGUACGGAACGUGAUAGAAGCAAGGAUGACGAACAGUCAAAGGCCAUCAACCGUAGUGACAGUUGUUCAUCAUAGUCGAAUACCAAAUAUAAUAAGAAAUUCAGUAUUUUCUUGUAUUAGAACCAAUUUAUUUAUAUUUUUUACACUAAACAUGUAUUGUUUUCAUUAAAGUGAGUAAAAUCUG